AGCACGAAAUAGAAGCUGCCCCCACGUUGAAGAUCAUUAAAAAACAAUAUCAAAGGAUAGAAGAAGCAUUACAUCCGAUCCAUUUCCAAAAAGAGAAGUUGGGUUUGACUUAAGACAAUUUAUCUUCGUGAGUGUCACGAAGGCAUGAAAGUUGGUUUUUGCCUUUGAUCCUUGUGCUAAACGUUGGUAUAUAAAGGAAACACAUACAUAUACAAUAGUCAUCAAGCACUCUUCUAAUUUGUUUUAGAACUCGUCUCCAAGGGAAAAAUAAACCAUGACUUCUUUUGAUCCAUGGAGUUUCAACUUCUUUUCGAUGACGCUUGCAACGUUGGCCAUCAUCGUCAGCAAAUCUUCAGUCACUGUUGCAUUACCAAUCGAGUUCCGGCCAAGCCCUUGGUCUCUUGCCCAUGCCACCUUUUAUGGCGACGAAACCGCCUCCGAGACGCUGGGAGGAGCUUGUGGUUAUGGGAAUUUGUUUAGCAAUGGUUAUGGUACGGACACAGCUGCUCUAAGUACAACGUUGUUCAACAAUGGUUUUGCUUGUGGGACAUGUUACCAGAUACAGUGUGUUGAGUCAACUUGGUGCUACCCUGGGGUUCCAUUCACCACAGUGACUGCUACCAAUCUUUGCCCUCCAAAUUGGGCCCAAGACUCCAACUACGGUGGCUGGUGCAACCCUCCACGAGUCCACUUCGACAUGUCCAAGCCCGCUUUUAUGAAAAUUGCACAAUGGAAAGCUGGCAUUGUCCCUGUCAUGUAUAGAAGGGUUCCAUGUGUAAGGCCGGGGGGCCUUCGAUUUUAUUUCCAAGGAAAUGGGUACUGGUUGUUGAUAUACGUGAUGAAUGUAGGAGGCGGGGGUGACAUUGCCCAAAUGUGGGUUAAAGGAAGCAAAACAGGGUGGAUUAGCAUGAGCCAUAACUGGGGAGCUACAUAUCAGGCAUUUGCAACUCUUGGAGGCCAAUCUCUUUCCUUUAAGAUCACUUCAUACACAUCCAAGGAGACUAUCAUUGCCUGGGAUGUUGCACCUGCUAAUUGGAAUGUAGGAUCCACUUACACCACAGAUGUGAACUUCCAUUAAUCCACAAAUUCACAAUACCUCUUUUUGUUUUUUAGCUUGCCCUUUUUUUCUAGCCUCUAUUUUCAUUUGUACUUUCUACAGCAUAGGCAACUGAGUAGCUCCAUGGUUCAAUUUUUUCUUUUACAUGUAAAAACUAUUUCUGCAGAUAAAUUGUAUUUUGAUCAAUAUCUGCUAAGAUUGAAAUAAAGAAAUCAAAAGAUUUGCUAUUAUAA